AUGAAAGGAGUUCCGACUGACAACCAGAAGAAUCGCACUUACUUUGAUUCCGGUGAUCUGGCUCUUUCCACGGCUCACAAAGUAACCAACGAAGGUGCUAUUCAAACUGGACGGGCCCACCCCGACCGCGAAAGCAUUUCCCACCCUUAUUCCGCGGUCCCUAACACCAGCAAUGUUGAUAAAGAUGCCAACGAGGACUUUUACAGGAAUAAGAGCUUGAGCCCCGAAAGACGAAGUCCUCCCUACCAGGACGCGAAUAUUAAGCAUAAGAGCCCCAUGAACAAGGAGGAUAAGGGCGAGUUUGAUGAUAUCGCACGUUGA